AUGAAGGCACCGACCCGCCGCACCCCUCCCUCCCCGCAUCAUCCCUACGGGUUGUACCCUCAGGGUGCCGGGGUGCUGGGAGCUGCGGCUCCCCGGGGGCGGAGAGCGCGGGGAGCCGGGGGAGGUGGAGAGGAACCGGAGGGAGAGGAGGAUGGCGGGGGUGUGCGAAGGGAGAAGCUGGCGGGCCGGGAGCCGCAGGUGCUGCCCGCCCUGUACUUUUCCGGCGGCCGGGAACAGCUGGGGGGGAGGCCCGGAGCGCUGCCCCCCAUCCCGCGGCGAGAAUUCACCUUGGAGCUGUGGGUCAAGGCGGAGGGCGGUCAGAGCAACCCGGCUAUCAUCGCAGGUGUCUUUGACAACUGCUCACACACGGCCAGCGACAAGGGCUGGGCACUGGGUAUCCGUGCCCUGCAGCUGGGUGGCAAGAAGGACGCCCACUUCUUCUUCUCCCUCCGCACCGACCGCGCAACCGCCUCCACCGAGGUGACAUCCCACCACCGCUACCACCCUGAGACAUGGACCCACCUGGCCAUCACCUACGACGGGCAGUGGAUGUCCCUCUACGUGGACGGGGCACGGGUGGGCCAGGCCAGAGGGCAGAAGGGACCCUUGCACAGCAGCUUCAUGGCCUCCUGCCGCACGCUGCUGCUGGGAGGGGAUGCUUGGGGGAAUGACCACGCUUUCCGGGGACACCUGGCUGGGCUGGCCUUGUGGCAGAGAGCCCUGUCCCAAUCCCACCUUCAGCGUCACUUCCUGGGAAGCGUGUCGGGGGGAACGGCGGGGCUGCUCCUGGCCACCAAUUUUGCCGCCCCGGAGGAGUCCUGGGUGCCGUUUCGGGAGGGAGCCUUUCCUCAGCAGCGGCUUCUGCCAUCCCCAGCGCCCCCCGUCCUGCGGCCGCUGGGACCCCCUCUCUGUGGGCAGACGGCCUGCGAUAACGUGGAGCUGGUCUCCCACUACAACCUGCACUGGCCCCUGCGGAGCGGGAAGGUGGUGAGGUACCGGGUGGUCAACCUGGCGGAAGACAGCGGCGGACGGCCUGCGGUCAGCUGGGAGCAGGUCUGGAGGCAGCACCGGGCUCUGAGCGAAGCUUUCCGGCCUCACAACAUCUCCUGGCAGCUCAGCCUCCUGGAGGUCCACAACUCCUCCCUCCGCCACCGCGCCGUCCUCUUGGGCUGCGAGCCCAGCAAGGUGGGCAACGAGCGCUGUGACCCUGAGUGUGAGCACCCCCUGACUGGAUACGAUGGUGGGGACUGUCGCCGGCCCGGCCGCUGCUUCUCCUGGAAACGCCGUGAUGGGGUCUGUCACAUGGAGUGCAACAACAUGUUGGAUGAUUUUGAUGACGGUGACUGCUGUGACCCACGGGCUACUGAUGUGGCCAGGACCUGCUUUGACCCCGAUUCUCCCCUGCGGGCAUACAUGAGUGUGAAGGAGCUGAAGGAAGCCCUGCAGCUGAACAGCACCCACUUCCUCAAUGUUUAUUUUGCCAGUUCAGUGAGGGAAGAGUUGGCUGGUGCUGCCACUUGGCCGUGGGAUAAAGAGGCUCUUAGUCACCUGGGUGGAGUUGUCCUCAACCCUGCUUAUUAUGGUGUGCACGGCCACACGAACACCAUGAUCCACGAGGUGGGACACGUCCUGGGUCUGUACCACGUCUUUAAAGGAGUGAGCGAGCGGGAAUCCUGUGACGAUCCCUGCCGGGAGACGACUCCAUCUCUGGAGACAGGAGACCUCUGUGCUGACACUGCCCCCACCCCAAAGAGCAAACUGUGCCGGGAUCCAGAUCCCACCAAUGACACCUGUGGACAGACACAUUUCACAGGAACACCCUUCAACAACUACAUGAGUUACACAGACGAUGACUGCACCAACACCUUCACCCCCAACCAAGUGGCCCGGAUGCAUUGCUACCUGGACCUGGUGUAUCAGCGUUGGGGCCAGAGCAAGAAGCCCACUCCCAUCCCCAUCCCUCCCAUGGUCACGGGGCAGACACAGGACUCUCUCAGCAUCUACUGGCUGCCUCCCAUCAGUGGUGUCAUCCAUGAGAGGGAGCAGGACACACUCUGUGAUAACUGUGAGGAGGAUGGCACCUUCCGUCAGUACGUGCACGAGGCCUCUUCCCCUCGGGUCUGUGAUUCCUCUGGCUACUGGACUCCGGAAGAAGCAGAAGGGCCCCCGGAUGUGGAUCAGCCCUGUGAGCCCAGCCUGCAGGCCUGGAGUCCAGAGCUCCACCUGUACCACAUGAACAUGACAGUGCCAUGUCCCCAGCCAGAUGGUUGCAUCCUGGAGCUGCGCUUCCUGCAUCCUGUCUACCCAGAUUCCCUCAUCCUCUGGACCACCUACCUCUCCACGGGCUCUCCCAAGGCACUGUCUGACAUUGAAGUCCUGACAGAGCAGGGGGAAUCCAUCCAUUUGGGCCCCCUGAACACUUUCUGUGAUGUGCCCUUUACCGUGAAGCUCAAUAUCCCUAAAAAAGUGUCUGGAGUCAAAAUCUACACCUUUGAUGAGAGGAUGGAGAUAGACACUGCCCUGCUCAUCUCCAUGCCCCACAGCUCUCUCUGCUCCUCCUGCAAACUGAUCCAGUACAGAGUCCUCCGGGAUCCCCCCUUUGCAAAUGGAUCCCCAGCUGCUCCAGCACAGUCCCAUCGCCAGUUCCUGGACAUGGAAGUGAUACCUGGGCAGCUGUACAGCUAUCAAGUGCAGGUCAUCUCUGGGACCACCUCAGGAGAAGCUUCCCCACCACUUGUCCAUGUCCACGGAGCUCCCUACUGUGGGGAUGGGAAGGUGACCAUGAGCCUGGAAGAGGAAUGUGAUGAUGGGGACCUGCUGGAUGGAGAUGGCUGCUCCAGGAAGUGUAAAAAGGAAAAAGGCUUCAAUUGUGUGGGGGAACCAAGCCUGUGCUACAUCCAUGAUGGGGAUGGUGUGUGUGAGCCUUUUGAGGUGACAAGUAGCUUCCUGGACUGUGGACCCUACACACCUGAUGGAUAUGUGGAUCUCUGGGCAAUCAAAGCCUAUGCCUCCCACCAGGAUGCAAAGUUCUGCCCUGCUUCCUUGGUCACUGGAGAGCCUGUUGUGAAGGUGUGCUUUGAGAGACCUGCAGUACCCAGCUCCAUCAUGGUUUUCCUGGCCUCUGAUGGGACCGUCCCAAGCCGCCAGCACAAGCCAAGGGUCACGGUCCAGCUGAGUGACGUGGAGGGGCUGAACCACUCCUUGGGAACGUAUGAGUUGUCAUGCCAGUACAACCCCCUGGUCAUCAAUGUCACCCAUGGCCAGGAUCACCCACCUUACUGGACCUCUUCAGUGCUACUCAACUUCUCCUCCCCACUGGUGGGCAUUGCAGCCGUGGCCCUGAGGACUUCAGCUCAGCCUGGGUCCUCUGACCCCCCCAGCACCUGCCUUCUGCCACACGAGGAGGGGCAUGGCCAUCACACCUACAGCUGCAUCCACGGUGCCUGUGAGGGAUCAGGGAGCUGCUCACUGCCAUUACUUGCUGAUGCUGCCACCCUCAACUGCACCUCUGGUAGCCCAAGGCACAUGGUGUGCACUGUCUCCUGCAAAAAGGGCUUCAUCCUCCACUCCAGCAAUGGGAAGAUCUUGGGCUCCAUGCAGGAGGAGGUGGUGCUGACAUGCACCUCGGGAAGGUGGGACAGAUCUGUGACUUGUGACCCUGUCGACUGUGGUGUUCCUGACCAGUCCCAAGUGUCCUAUGCUGAGUUCUCCUGCCCCCAGGGGACCACUUACCUGAAGAGCUGCUCCUUCUCCUGCAUCCACCCAGCCAAGCUUCAAGGAACAAACCAUUGGUUGACCUGCCUGGAGGAUGGCCUCUGGUCACUCCCUGAAGCCUACUGCAAGCUGGAAUGUGAUGCUCCCCCUUUGGUGGCCAAUGCCAAGCUCCUGGUGCCAAGGUGCCUGCAGGGGAACCACGACGUGGGCUCAAUCUGUAGAUACAAGUGCAAGCCUGGAUACCACGUGGCUGAGGAUCAAGGGGGAAAGCCAAAGAAGAAAUUCCUGAAGGUCCAGUGCCUGGAGAACGGGCAGUGGGAAGAGGGACACUGCAUCCCUGUGGUAUGUGAGCCCCCUCCUCCUGUCUUUGAGGGUAUGUACAGCUGUACCCAGGGCUUCCAGCUGGACAGCCAGUGUGUCCUCAACUGCAAGCCAGAGGGACAACAGGUUCCCAUCAUCUGCACGAAGGAGGGAUUGUGGACAGAGGAGUUCAAACUCUGUGAGAGCUUAAGGGGCACCUGCCCACCCCCCCCGGAGCUGAAUUUUGUAGAGUACAAGUGUGAGCAGGGGCAUGGAAUAGGUGCUGUGUGUAUCCCUUCCUGUGUCAUCCCUCCCAGUGACCCUGUCAUCCUCCCUGAAAACAUCACUGCUGACACCAUGGAUCACCGCCUGCAGCCCACCAGGGUCCAGCACAUCGUGUGUACGGGCAGGCUGCGCUGGUACCCAGAGCCCUCCAGCAUCCACUGCAUCCACUCCUGUGAGCCCUUCCAAGCAGAUGGCUGGUGUGACACCAUCAACAACCGGGCAUACUGUCAGUAUGAUGGGGGUGACUGCUGCUCCUCCACACUCUCCUCCAGGAAGGUGAUCCCCUUUGCUGCUGACUGUGACCAGGAGGAAUGCACAUGCAGAGACCCAGCAGCUGAGGAGAACCAGUAG